UUUACUUUGCCACUUGUGAGUAAGAGAAGGGACCAGAGGUUACAAAAGGAGGGCCUGGUUAGGAAUUAAAAGUCAACAACACCGCUGGACUGAUUACCGGACUCAUUCAGCCUCAAGAUCGGGAUUUUUGUUGUUUUAGUCAACACAUGAGGUGUUGCCUUACUGGCAGAGGAGAGUUGAGGUUUAUCUGAGAGCAGGAAGGUCCCUCUGCAUGGUCGUAGUACGUAUGGAGGUUAAGAAUCCGUAACAAAGAUGAAGAUUUUAUCCUCCAAAUCCGCCUCCGACCACCUGCUGCUGGGGGUCGUCUUCAGCCUGCUUUGGGUUGCAGCAGACGGCAGUACAACAUCUGACCAGGCGUCAACAAACAUGGCAGAGCCCACGACAACAAGUCUGCAAACUACUGUUGAGACAACAACCAUACGGCCUCCUUCUGAUACUGAAAGCUUUAAAGCCACCGCACAAAAUGAGACCAGCAUAACUCUGCAGUGGACCAAAGUGGGAGACAUCGACAGUUAUACUCUUUCCAGAGAUGGAGAGGUCAACAUACCUAUCUCUGCAGAAAAUGGAGAAUACACAGUCUCAGGUCUGACCAGCGCCACUAGAUACAACUUCACUCUCUACACGGUGUUUAAAAAUGUCAGAAGCUCAGGAACGACCACCUCUGCAGUCACUGCUCCUCCUGAUACUGAAAGCUUUAAAGCCAUCACACAAAAUGAGACCAGCAUAACUCUACAGUGGACCAAAGUGGGAGACAUCAACAAUUAUACUCUUUACAGAGAUGGAAAGGAGGUCAAUAUAACUCACUCUGCAGGAAAUGGAGAAUACACAGUGUCAGGUCUGACCAGAGCCACCAGAUACAGCUUCACUCUCUACACGGUGUUUGAUUAUGCCAGAAGCAGAGGAGAAAACAUCUCUGCAGCCACUGCUCCUCCUGAUACUGGAAGCUUUAAAGCCAUCUCACAAACUGAGACCAGCAUAACUCUGCAGUGGACCAAAGUGGGAGAGAUCGACAGUUAUAUUCUUUCCUACGAUGGAAAGGAGGUCAACAUAACUAACUCUGCAGAAAAUGUAGAAUACACAGUCUCAGAUCUGACCAGCGCCACUAGAUACAACUUCACUCUCUACACGGUGUUUGAAAAUGUCAGUAGCACAGGAGUAACCAUCUCUGCAGUCACUGCUCCUCCUGAUACUGGAAGCUUUGAAGCCAUCGCACAAAAUGAGACCAGCAUAACUCUGCAGUGGACCAAAGUGGGAGGCAUCAACAGUUAUACUCUUUCCAGAGAUGGAGAGGAGGUCAACAUAACUAACUCUGCAGAAAAUGUAGUCCACACAGUCUCAGGUCUGACCAGCACCACUAGAUACAGCUUCACUCUCUACACGGUGUUUGAAAAUGUCAGAAGCAGAGGAAAAAACAUCUCUGCAGUCACUGCUCCUACUGAUACUGAAAGCUUUAAAGCCAUCGCACAAAAUGAGACCACCAUAACUCUGCAGUGGACCAAAGUGGGAGAGAUCGACAAUUAUACUCUUUCCUACGAUGGAAAUGAGGUCAAUUUAAAUCACUCUGCAGAAAAUGGAGAAUACACAGUCUCAGGUCUGAUGAAUGCCACUAGGUACAGCUUCACUCUCUACACGGUGUUUGAAGAUGUCAGAAGCACAGGAGAAAACACCUCUGCAGUCACUGCUCCUACUGAUACUGAAAGCUUUAAAGCCAUCGCACAAAAUGAGACCAGCAUAACUCUGCAGUGGACCAAAGUGGAAGGCAUCGACAAUUAUACUCUUUCCUACGAUGGAGAGGUCAACAUAACUAUCUCUGCAGAAAAUGGAGAAUACACAGUCUCAGAUCUGAUGAAUGCCACUAGGUACAGCUUCAUUCUCUUCACGGUGUUUGAUUAUGCCAGAAGCAGAGGAGAAAACAUCUCUGCAGUCACUGCUCCUGAGACACCAGCAGAGUUCACCUUAAUGGGACAAACUGAGACCAGCAUAACUCUGCAGUGGAAACAAGCGAGAAACGUCCAGAACUACACAGUCUUCCUCAAUAAAGAGAUGAUAAAUGUGAUGACAUCAAAUGAAACUGUGACACUCAAUGUCUCAGGUCUGGAAAGUGGGGUCAACUAUGAUUUCUUGCUCUUCAGUGUCUUUGAUUACGCCACAAGCAGUGAAGCAAACCUAACUGCACCUACUGUUCCUCCAGAGGUGCCUUCAGUCAAGGUUGCAGAGCGCUUAGUGGACAAGUUCACUCUACAGUGGGAAGAUCUGAAUAAAGGCUGGAAAUACUUGCUUAAUGUUGCUGAUCGUACUGAAACAAUUCCACCAAAGGAUUCAGAAAAUACUGUGUCAUUCACAGUCUCAGAUCUGAAGCCUGGAACAGAAUAUUCAUUCAGCAUCAUCACCAUAUUCUCUGGACUCAGGAGCACUCCUUACCGUGGCGUCACAGUAACAAAAAUAGACUGCAGUAGUGUAAACUGGAAAGUCACCAACUCAUCAAUCCAAGGAACAGUUGAAGGCUUGUUCUCAAACGCAACUGCUUCGAAUAAAUCUGCAACUCAUGUCAGUCCAGCAGGGAAAGACAUUUCAUUUACUAACCUCUACCCUGGUGCCACCUAUGAGGUCCUGCUUGAGUAUGAGCUGUCGUCUAAACUUUAUCCACAGUGUAGCAUCAACAUACCAAUCAUUCCUCCCUCUUUAACUGGUCAUUGUAGCUACUACUCCUCUGGUUAUGGUGCUGUGAUUAGAUGGGACCCACCAGGCGGUGUGUUGACGGCUGUUACGGUUAACAUAAAUGGACAAACUCACCCAGUAGACGGGAAGAAGAAUGAACACACCGUAACUGGACUUCAACCUGCUAACAGAUAUGAAGUCGCUCUGAUUUCAAAACUGGAAACAGAAUUUGGUGACAGAAGCUCUGAGCCCUCAGUUUUUCUCUGUUUGACUGAUAACAGAGGAGUCAUUGCGGGAGCCCUUGUGGGUGUUCUCCUUAUUUGUGUUCUGAUCUGUGUGAUUGUGUUCAUUGUCCGCAAAAGACCAGAAAUUAUCCGCAGAAAAAAGUCUUUCCUCUCUGGAUCCAAAACGUCUGAUUCAAAGGGGAAAAUCAUUCCUGUAGCCAAAUUCCCAGAUCACUUCCAUCAGCUGGGACUGGAUGAAAACAGAGGUUUCAGUCAGGAGUAUGAGUCCCUCGCUCCUGUCGGCACAGACCAAUCACGCAAGGCAGCAACUCUACCAGAAAACAAAGUGAAGAACCGCUUCACCAACAUCCUUCCAUAUGACUGGAGUCGAGUGAAACUAAAUACAUCAAGUUCAAAUGAUGUCUUGGACUACAUAAAUGCUAAUUACAUACCAGGCUACAGCAGCAGCAGAGAGUACAUCGCCUCCCAGGGUCCUCUCCCCUCCACAGUCAGUGAUUUCUGGAGGAUGGUUUGGGAGCAAAAAGUGAAGAGGAUUGUCAUGGUUACCAAUUGCACAGAAUCAGGGCGGACCAAGUGUGAACAAUACUGGCCCGACGACAGCAUGCCGUGCCGUUAUGGAGAACUGAUGAUCUCCAAAACCUCUGAAGACAGGCAGCCCAACUGGACUCUGCGGGAGUUCAGAGUCAAGCAUACAAGUAACUCAGAGGAGCGCACCGUAAAACAUUUCCACUUCACUGCCUGGCCUGACCAUGGAGUACCUCAGGGUACAGAGGUGCUGAUCCACUUCAGAGGACUCGUGAGAAAUCACAUAGAGAGUGAAGGGAGUAAAGCACCAACCGUGGUCCACUGCAGUGCUGGAGUGGGGAGGACGGGCACCAUCAUCGCCCUGGAUGUUCUCCUUCAGCAGCUAGAACAGGAACGGGCGGUGGGCAUCAGUAACUUUGUCUACAAGAUGAGGCAGCAUCGAUCACAUAUGGUGCAGACAGAGUCGCAGUACGUUUUCCUGCACCAGUGUAUCAUGGACAGCCUGCAGCCGCCCGCCACGCAGGAGGAGAACAUUUAUGAGAACGACUUGAUAUAUGUGAACGCCACCGCCCUCCGACAGCUUCGUUAACACAAAACUAAUCCAGUCCCAGCCCUGCACUAAGUCUUGUUGCACUUAAUGACAAGCUAAUUCUGAUAGUGUAAUAGAGUUGUCAUAUACUGAAUAAGAAACACGUUGACAUGUUCAUUGUAUAUUAAUGC